CGGACAUAAUUUGCAUGCGAAGCGCCUGGCGACGGUAUAUAACCGGCUGCCAUCAAACGAUUCUUCUAUUUGAUAAGUGUCUCUCGGUUCCUAGGAUGAGUCCACCGUAAAAACCGCGAGCUGCCCCCUCCGGAUCCACGAAGGUCGCUUUCAGAGACGCACGAUAUUCGGGCUGUAAGGACGACAGCCUUGAAACCGUGAAACAUUUCGCGUUACUGUUCUGCAUCUUCAUCCCUUCCUCCGAGCUGCUCCCAGAUGAGAGGCGGAAGUCAUGAUUUAAUAACGAGCUAGCGAACCUGCGAGUGGUGGGGCACAACCGUAAAACAUCGGGGUUUUGGUCCUCUUCGCCGCUGUUGUCGUCGCCGGUUGAUCAGUUUUUGGUUAGCAGCUGCACCUUCACCAUCGCCUCUGUCAGGUAACACCUCCCGAAGGAUUCGAAGCUGGCCAAGCUGGAACUUGGACGGGAAGAUCCUCGUUGAAUCGUGAGUUCGUCCGGGAGAACCUCCGGUAAAUCUGCAAAAUGGCGGGUCUGAUUCACACGUUGGUCAGCAAUUACAAUGAGAUCGAGGAGAGUAGCAAAGACGCGAGUGUGGCGUCUUGGCCAUUGAUGGGGUCACCUGGCCCAGUAUUGUGUAUCGUGGGCGUCUACUUAAUGUUCGUACUGAAAGUUGGGCCCAAAAUGAUGGAGAAGAGACCGGCUUAUCAGCUGAACUCGACGUUGAUCGCUUACAACGCCUUCCAAGUCCUCUUCAGCUUAUGGUUACUACUCAAGUUAGUGGACAUGAACAUAAUAAGAGCGAUCGUCUCGCCGAAGUGUGACGUGGACAGCAAAUCCACCGACCCGGCCACGCAAUCCUCGUUGACGAGAAACGGUUGGUGGUACUUCACCGCGAAGAUAAUGGAGCUCCUGGACACGGUUUUCUUCGUGCUCCGGAAGAAGCAGAAUCAGAUCUCCUUCCUGCACGUAUAUCAUCAUUCGAUGACAGCGACGUUGUCGUGGUUCUACGUUCGAUUCAUGCCGAGCGAGCAAGGCGCUAUCGUCGGUUUGCUGAACACUUUCGUGCACGUCGUCAUGUACACGUAUUACCUGCUCGCGGCGAUGGGGCCGCAGUACAAGAAAUACUUGUGGUGGAAGAAGUAUUUGACCGUGAUCCAGCUGGUUCAAUUCCUCAUAGUGCUGACCUACCUGUGCAUGCUGCUCGCGAUGGACUGCAAGGUGUCGAAGUCCCUCACGUAUUUCUUCAUCACGAACAUGGUGAUCUUCCUGUAUCUGUUCGGCAACUUCUACAGAAAAACCUACAACAAGAAGACAGUCUAACACUUUGCGCCCCAAACGAGUGGCAGGAUACGUAUAUCCUAGCGACUGACAAGUGCAAUUAUUCGUUCAGAGUCACACGUGAAAGAUUCCGGAAGCUCCGACCGUUAAUGAAUGAUUCCUGUUCGCGAUAAGCUGAGUAUCGAUCCGCUUGAUUCACUGAAAUGGGAUUAAUCCUCGAGCGUAACCGAAGUCUGAAAUUGGACAAGCAUCGACCUUGUUCCGAUAGCUAAACGAUCGAACGACAGCUUAGAGAGAACGGAAGAUCGAAAAUCGAAGGAACAAGGAAAGGCAUGAAUGGAACCGUACUACGUCGAGCAGCGCGAUUGGCCGAAAUUCGAACGCGAGAACAGGAAGAGGAUUAUUUUACAAAUCGAGCUCGUGUUAUUCGCCUUUUCGAACCAUUUAUUAACAAAUCUGACGCGUCGAUCGCGCAAUGAUCAUCGAUGAUUCCUUACGAAUUACUUGGGAACAUACUGCAACGUCAGAAGUGUGAUACUAAAUUAUAUUCUAUUAAUAGAACAUUAUUCCCGUGUGUGAACCCUUUGCAUUAGAAAGUUUCUGGAAACAUUCCAAAUAUUCCAAUAAUCUACCAUAUUCUUGAAACUGAGAAAACAAAUUUCAAAGUCUCUUGAUUUACUAACAAUAGAUUAUUCGAAGUCUAAAUUAUUUCAUAUCAAUGUUUGUAUCGGUGUACAGAUUAAUGUUGUUAAUAAUUCCCAUCGAAUCUAGCGACGAUUCACCUGCCGAGUGCAAAGGGUUACCGUGAAGCGGCGGAAAUCUGGAGCAGUGACGGGCGUUUCCGCGAUGUAGGCCAAUGGGACCGUCGGAGGCCCGUUGUUCAAAGAGGUGCCGAUUAUGUAUCCGUGUCUCCGGCUGGGAAUGCACGGCGGACGGAGAGGAACCGAAACCGAAUCCACAUCGCCGGGGGCUUCCCGUUUUCGGUCCGAGUCGGCUGUGACCCGAAAUACGAGGACCGUUGCUCCGUUGCGCUGCCACGCGCUGCCGAACGAACGGUAACUGCUUUUUAUUCGGCGGACGAUUCACGCGACGCGUCGACUCUGGUUCGUUAUCUCGCAACCUGUUCCGUGGAGCCAUUUUUCUCUUCUAUCGAGAUCUGCUCGACACGUUCUAGUAUGCUAAUUCGCCGAUUAGCUCGAAUACUCUCCGAAUCCUUCGCGUGUGUCUCUACUCACUUGGAACUGAUGUAGAGUUUGUUGACUUUAAUCGUUGCAUUUGAAUAAUGUAAUAAUUUCAGCGAUUCGAUAACUUAAUUUUACAUCCUUUCCUAUUGGGGAUCUUGGUGUGUUUCUGAGCGAAUGAGAAUUUAUUGGAGAUCGAAGAUCGAUGGAAACAGGGAUUAUGAUGAAAGAUAACUACUGUGACAUUUUCGAGGCUAUUUUUCAGGGGACCUACUUUCUGGUUUAGCUGAUGAGUCUAGCGAUACUAACGAGGCCUUUUGUACGGUUUUUAAUUUGAAUUUUAACGGUGACUUUCUAUGUGGAAUCAUUUAUGCCUUAGGACACUACGACCCUCUUUUUAAUUGGGAGCGUCUGUACAGCGUCUGUGUGACUUCUGAACACAACCCGAGCCGAUCACUUAGUACACGGAACGAACAAUCGAGUUUUGUUAAUUAGUAUGAGGGGCAGAGAAUAUUUUUGUACGUUUCAUGGUACGGUGAAUAGGAUAGUCGACUCGGGCUGUGUCGAAUAAUAUCGAAUUCGAGCGAUCCCGUCGAUUCGUUUGGAAACUGGUGUAUUUAUAGAUUGAUAAUAUUUGAGACGCGUCCGUACCACUUUUCGAGCGAAUCGAUGGAUCUCCCCGUUCUCUGUAUUUAAUACAUCUGUCGCGAUCGACGCGAUGCGAGCGAAACAGCUGUUAAUCGUGACACGUGGAAGCGAGUAAUAUAGUUGUAAUUAGUGAAAUACGGUUGAGGAGUGUGAAUACAUUUAUUAUACGAUACGAA